GGGUGACUCUUGAUACGAUGUCACACUGCAGCGCCGCUUAUAUAAUCCCGACUAAAAGUUGUCACCCAGCGUCCGGAGGAAAAAGAGAACAAUUGCAGCUUAAUCAGAGAUGUAAGUCUUUUCGGAAAAGCAGAGGAGAACGAGAGUUGAAAGAUAAUGGAUAUUCGUCGGAAUUGAAUUUGACUCUAGCGUAAGGCGUUUGGUGCCUGAAAAACUCAUAAUAGGAAUAUUUGCUUUGCGAAAAUGUUGAGUUCAAUGAAGAACUAUGCUGUUAUCUCUAAACACGUAACGGAGGGUUCAAAUGGAUUAGAGGAAGAUCAAGAUGAAUCUGGUGAGACGAAUUGCAGUGAAUCUUUAUUGACAAACCAGCCAUUUACAGAUGAUGAACAAUCUCAAAACGCCCGAAUGCCAAAAUUGUCUCCUGAAACUGAGGGAAUGAUACAAAAAGACUGCCACGAAACAAAUCGUGACGCUAUUAUUAAAGAAGAGUCAGAACGCAGCAAGGUGACAAAAGCGAAAGAGAGUGUACAAUCUUCGGAAGAUGUGCACGAAGCGUCAACCAAUCCUGAUAUAUGUACAUUUCCUCAUGGUGAAGAAGCAAGUCAAGAUUGUUCUGUAGUAAACAAUUCUUCAGAAAAUCUCCUUGGCACCAAUCACCGCAGGGAACCUUCAGUUGAGGACAAUGAUGAAGUUUUCCCCCUUGUUAGACAAAAUGCUAAUUCUUCCGAUGAUCUGCUCGAUAAGAAUUUUGUAAAAUGGACAAAUGAGAAGAACUCCCACGGUAGUACAAACUUAGAAAAAGGUAGUGCCCUAUCGUCAGAGUCACCAAGUAGUGAUGUGGAAUUCAGUGCAUGUUCAUCAGUUACUAGUUGUACUGAGGAUAGUGGAAUUAGUUCUACUGUUAGAGAUGAAGAACUAGAAGAGAUCCCACUUAACAACUCUCAAUUUAGCCCCGACCUGUACCAACAGAUAUCUAGAUUUGCUAUAGACGAAACAGUAGCGGCCUGGAUUCCGAAAUCCUCUAAUACUUACGCACCGAGUCCAAGUUCGAGUAUGAAGACAGUUCCUGUUACAGAUCAAGAAAAGUCACAAAAGCAGGGCAAACUAAAGUAAGUUUUUUAUGAGGUUAUUUUUAUUGCACAGCAUGUGUUACAACGUUGUACACUGUCACACAUACAUUUCAGGGUUCGCUUUGUGGUGUGUGUGGGUGAGCGUCGAUAUAAAGAUAAGCCUUUACGAAAUUGAAACUAGAAGCAGUACUGCUUUUAGAAGUGAGCUUGUUUCCAAAAUUAAGCAUCAUUGGUCCAAAAAAAAAAACAAAAAAACAAGGAAGAUAAAUAUUGCAGUUUUGAAACUUAAAUAACCUGUUUUAGUUACUUGCUUCAUUUACAAUUGUGGGAAACCUUCCAAAGUAAACCAUAAUAUAUGUAUUACAGACAGAAAAGGUGAGAUCAAAUGCUUUUUUUAAAUUAUGCAUGUACAAGAUGGUCAUCCUGCAGUGUUGCUUUGAGAUAAAAAUGUGAAUAAAAUAUUUCAAUUAUCAUAUUGUUCAUUUAAUCAAACUAGUAGUAUAUUGUAUUGCACAUGCAUCAUUUCUGGUAUAUUGCACCUCUGAUCUAUUCACACGUACACCAUUAAUUUGUAUAAUUUGUUGAAAUCACAUGGCAGAAGAUUUGUUUUAUUAACUGUAGCCUGUCGUUAUUGAUUGUUAUUCUCCACUUUUCUUUAUUUUGGCAUUCAUUAUUCACAUGACUGCGUGGUUAUUCAGAGUUUUAUUUUCCUUUUAAUAAUGUUAAGUAUGCAUUUAUUAUGAUGUACAGGAAAUUGCUCUUGACUUGUUAUGAAUCUUGCCAAGUUCUUUUUACAUAACAAUUAGUUUCAGAGUCUUUUUGGUCCACAUGAUAUUAUAAAGCAUGCAGGAAUUUUGCUGUACCACAAGUAGUCUUUAUGAGGCGUGAAAAGGAUUAUCAGAUCCUUAAUUAUAUUAUUUGCUUGUUUAUUAAAGAAAUUAGUUUGUAGUUUCCAUGAUGGAAUCAGGUUAACAUGCUCUACAGGCAAUUUGAUGAUCAAAAUAGAAUUAUCAUUUAUUAAGUACAUGUUUUCAAAGACUUUUCAUCCUCCAUUAUAGAUUAUUUUUGUCACUGUUUAUAUGUCUUGACCAAGGUUUUAAUAAAUUUGUGAAAACAGAGAUUGAUUCACAAAUACAUGCCCUGUUCAAUGGGGCUUAAUUUUAUUGGUUAUACAUGCCAAGGAAAUAACAUUCAGAGCUUGACUUUUAGGCUUUGCUAAAUUUACAUGUGUGUACUGAUGUAGGUUGUACAUAUAUUCACAUUUCUCUGGGUGCCUGUAAAUUGUCUAUCAAUGUUCUGUGCUUGUUCUACCUAUAGAGUCUACUAUUUUAAUGAUGAAUUAUAAGACAAGUUUGAAUCAGUACACUGUAUAUUCUUUUAGAGGACUGUUUUCAAAGUCAACUCAAAAGGAACCUGUUCCUGGUUGGAAGUUAUUUGGCAAGGUUCCCGCUAAAGAUGCAAGGGAUAACAAUAAAGAUUCUCAUAUCCAGUCAUCAUCAUUUGAUCGAGGUUAGAGAUUAAUCGUCAAUUAGCAGGAUAGUUAUAGUUAAGUAAGGGCAGGAAUAUACAGAUGAUUACCUAAAAAAAAAAAACUAAAUUCAACAGGCAAAUUGUUGGUCUUCAUAGGGGAGCCACCCUGAAAUAGCAUGUUGUCCCAGAAAGAUUUGUUCUUUAGGUACAUAUACUGCUUAGAAUGGUAACCAUUUCUUUUUUUUUUUUUUUUUUUUUUUUUUUUCAAUCUACAGGAGAUUUGAAGCGCAGUUCUUUUGGUGAUAAGCCUUCAUCAACUGCUCCAACCUCCAAACCCAAAUUUCUUUCGAUUAGGAGGAAGGUGACAACAGGCAGCUCAACUACAGCUCUUAUUUUUGAAAACAGACCCAGGUAUAAAUAAGUCACAUCUUAUCUUAGAAGAGGCAGGGUUAGUUGUGUUUAUAAAUUAUAACUUACACAUUCUCAUAAAGUACAUACAGUUGCAUCAGUAAUUUUAUUUUGUUAAUCCUACAAUGUAUGCAUGCAAUAUCCAUUUUAUCAUUUAAAGAUAACUUCUGGUUUUCUUUUCAUGAUUCAGUUGCAUCUUGAAUAAGUAGCAUGUUAUGUAAAGUGUAAUGUUAAAUUUCAUUCGACAGCUUUGAAAAAUUAAUUUUACUGGUUCUACAAAGAUUAACUGAAACAAGGCUGUCUUGCACUUCAGGCUUGGUAAAAUUAAAAUUUAGCUUGCCAUGGGCUGUGGGAUUGGACCAAAACUGUGUUUUUACUUGAUCUUCACAGAGGCAAGCUAUAAUGAACAGCUGCUUACCUGCUCACCCUACAGGGAUAUCUAUUUAUACAGAAUGAAUUUUUUUUCUCUUUUCUUUUUUUUUUCGUUUGAGGCCGUGCCUUUAACAUAUGUUAAACCUUUAAUGUAUGAUGGUUCAUUCAGUCAUCAAAUUUUAGAUAAAUGUAUCCCUAGUGAUUAAUUAGUUCAUUUUCUUGGUGUUAUCUUGUGGAUGUUUUGUAAUUGCUCAAUAAAUCACUCUCAGCUUUGAAUCAAUGAUAGGACCAUAUUUAAUUUUAAAAAUGUUUUUGUUGUUUUGACAACUUCCAUUAUAUGUUUUAGUAAGUUUUAUCUUUUCAAAUUUCAGCAACCUUCCAGCCAAGUCACCUACAGAAGAGAAAAAGCACAGAAAGCAAUAUGAAGCCAUGGUGGCUGAAGCAAAGAAAAAAGGUGAAAGAAGUACUAAUUGGCAUUGUUCUCUUUCAAUUUUUUUUUUUUGAGACUUCUCUAUGUUGAGUUUAUUAGAUCAUGAGGUAUUCUUUUAAGCAUGGAUGAUGUCCUUUUACUAUAUGAGUAAGAUUCUAUAUUAAUUUUAAAAAAUGAAGCUAUGUGUAUUUACAGAUAAUCCCUGAUAUUUUGGUAGGUUUCCUCAACACUUUCACUUCAAAAUCUCACAACUCUUUUUACUGUCUGAAAUACAAUUCCUAUGAUGUUAGUUAGGAGAAUUUGGUAUUGGAUGAACUAAUAAUCCCCUAAUUGAUACUUUUAUUUAUUCUCAAGACUUGCUGCUUCAUAUUGUCUUGAUAUUGCAAGGAGCAAUUUUGUCCUGGUCACAUAUGGGAGUCAAAGGCCAGGUUAAAAUUUGUUUGCUACGUGGGGCUGGGACUUGAACUUCUUAAUAUAGAUUCUAAUUUGCUAACCACAAGGCCUUUGUUUCUCCAUAAGUUGACAUUACUUUGAUUCAAAUACUUCAUGACACCUGAUUUUACUUUGCAACUGUAGAACUGAAAGACUUAAAGCUGCAAGAGAAAAAACUUAAAGAAAAAUGUAAACAGGAAGAUGGAAUUGUCUCUGCUGCUUCUGUGUGGACAAAUGAAAUAUUGCCCAACUGGGAAACAAUGUAAGAUCAUUAUUCUUAAUUUUUUUAUGAACUGCUAGUUAAGUUUGUUACUUCUCUUUGAUUUUAGCACUUAUUGGACAUAGAAUAAAUUCAUUUAUAAGUGAGAAUAUAAUCUCCAUGUCCCCAUUCAGGCAACAUGCAAAGAAAACAAGAGAACUUUGGUGGCAGGGCCUUCCACCAAGUGUGCGUGGAAAAGUGUGGAAGCUUGCUAUUGGAAAUGAUUUACACAUUACUCAAGGUUGGUUUUCCUUGUUAGCAAUAGUGAACAGUUGAAUUGCUUACAACUGCACCUAUUUAUUAAGUGUUGUGACUUUUUUUCAGAAUUAUUUGACAUAUUCCAGUCCCAUGCAUAUGAAAAACUCUUCACAACACGCCUCAACAAGCAGAAAAAUGUAACACAGACAGUUGCAGAACUACCAGCCAGUGACCAUCCAGUUGUCAGUAAGGCUCACACAGUAGAACUCAUUGUCAUGGAUGUUUCACGCACAUUUCCGUCACUCUGUAUCUUUCAAGAGGUAAUUGUCCUACCCUGCAUAUUUAUUACUUCUGCAGAAGUACUCUUAUUACCAUGAAAUAGUCAUACACAUAUGCACCAAGUGUCAUCUAAGUACAACGCAAGUCAAUUUUUGAGAGAACUAAUGUAAGUAACACAAAAAAAUGUACAAAUAGCCGAUUUACAGUAAGUAUCUUUUUAUAUAUCCCACACUGUUCUGCAGUUAUGUAGUAUUUUUCUGUAUUCUUGUAUUUACCAUCCAGAGAAACAAAUUACUUUUUGGCUCUCUGUGCUAAUGGCUUUAUAGAAAAGUUGAUUGUACAUUUCACUGUUGUAACACAAGUUGUUUUUCAAAUCUUGAUGAAGCCUUGAAAUUUUUCAGGAACUUUCUCUUUUCUCAAUUCAGUAUAUUUUAUGGAAAAUAUUAUUUUGUUACUCAGAACAAGGCUUUCUGUUUAUCUUGUUUUGAAGGGUGGCCCAUUCCACGAUGUUCUACAUAGUAUUUUAGGAGCAUACACAUGUUAUCGACCUGAUGUGGGAUAUGUGAGUCAUUAUACAUUGCUUUUUGUUUAACACAGUAGCUUUUAGUGCUAUAAUUCUUAAGUGACUUCCCCAUGUUAUUUUUGUUGGAGUUAAAACAUUUAUUCCCUUUUUUUUAUUUUUGUGAACUUACUGACAGAACUUGUCCCAUUGUUGUGGAACAAAUAACAAAUGCUUUCAAUUAAUAGCAAAUUUAAAGAUGGCAAUUUGUAUUCUUUGUUAGGUAUCAAACUAUUUUCAAUAGAGAAAGACACAUUUAUAAAAGUAGUCACUAUACAUUAAAGUAGUUAAUUUUAAAUUUGUUGAUUUUCAUGAGGAACCCUGUUCUGCUUUUCAGGUUCAGGGAAUGUCCUUUCUUGCAGCAGUGUUAUUGCUAAAUAUGGAACCUUCUGAUGCAUUUAUUUGUUUUGCAAACCUUCUCAAUAAACCUUGUCAGCUGGCAUUCUUUAGGGUGGAUCACCCAAUGGUAAGUGCUUUCAGAAAGUUUUGCUUUUCCACCUUUGGGCUUGAUUCCCAUUUGAAUUAGAGUAGGUUACUUUCAUUUCUACCCUACAUCUGAUUUAUCUGUGGAUCAAAUAUCUUAUUUAAACUGACAUUACUUGUGUAACAUAUGUAGUAAAAAUUAAUAGAUUUCUUUGUUUCUUUCAUAGAUGGUAGCUUACUUUGCAGCAUUUCAGAUAUUUCUAGAAGAAUUCCUACCUUCUGUUCAUGCACAUUUUAUUGAAGAAAACUUCACACCAGAUAUGUACUUAAUUGACUGGUAAGGGCUGUAUUUUCGUAGCUUUAAAUUUUAUAGUAUUAUCUAGAAUUACAUUAAAUUUUGUAUUUUAGAACGGAUGAUAAUUCUGGUUCAUUUGAGAUGUCUUCAAAUAAUGUUUUUUUUUUUAAUUUUAUUUAAAAACAAAAUUGUAUAAGGUAUGAAUGGACUCCUAAAUAAGAUGGCCGCCAAUAUUAAAAAAAAUUGGGAAAAUGACAUGAAAGUAUAUGGUCUAAGUAUUACAACCCUUUGUCCACAUAAGCUAUGACCAAUUGUCAAAGAAAAUAAUGUUGUAAUGAAACAUCGGAACAACAAGGUCAACAAGAUCUAUUUAAAAAUUAUUGCAGGACAUUCACAUUAUUUAGCAAGUCAUUACCACUGGACAUAGCAUCUAGAGUAUGGGAUGUGUUCUGUAGAGAUGGAGAAGAAUUCCUUUUCAGAGCUGCACUUGGUGAGUUUCUUACUGAUGAUCUUGUAUGUUUUGAGUUCCUUGAAAGUUACAUUUAGAGUUGGCAUUCAAAAUAGUGCAGGCUACAUUAAUACCUAUUGUUUAAGGCCUCAUAACCCUAACCAGAUAUAUUCAAUUCUUAGAAAAUAAAUUGUUCCAGUCAUGUAGGUAAAGUUAUUAAAAAAUGUUUUUGUUAAAUAAAUUUGUAUUUCCUUCUAUUAUUUGUGAAGGAUUCAAUAAAUUGCAGGCUUGCUUUGUAGAUAAUUUUCAGGUUAACUUUAGUUUCUUUUUCCUCUAUCAGGAAUACUGAAGUUUUACCAAGAUGAACUACUGGAAAUGGAUUUCAUUCACCUGGGCCAGUUUCUCUCAAAGUUACCAGAUGAUAUUCCUGCAGGAUCUCUUUUCCAAGCUAUCUCCUCCAUUAAUUUAGUAGAACAGAAAUUUAGUCAGACACUUGCCACGCAAAAGGAGGUUGCAGCUCAAAUAAAAAGUGUCACAUCAUCCACCAAAUGAACUUAAUAUACCAAUACUAUUGUUCUCCAGUGCAAUUUUUAUUGGUUCAAGUUGCAUGUUUUUAUGAACUGGAUCAUCACUCAUUAUUCGUUAGGCUUCUACCAAAAAAUUGUCAACAAUUACUGCACAGUUUUCUUUCAAAUUGUUAUGCUGUCAACCUAAAGUUGGCAAACAUGCAUCAACCCUUGUGGGCAAACCAGACUAACAGGCCCACAGUCAAAUUUGUACAGUUAAAUCUCUCUUUGGCUCUCUCAUGCAAAUUAUCAUCAAAUCUGUUAAAUCCCUGAGGCAAAAUGUACAGUACAUAGUAUAAAACACUUUUUGACUCAUUAGGAAGACUGGGAAAUUGGUGGCUCGAGCAGUAUGAUCAAGGGCAGACAGAUAUUCAAAAACCAAUGUCACAUUCCUCUGUAUGGUUUGGAAUAUACCACUGAUUUUCUGAUGAUUCUUUUCAGGUCUUUAGGUGAGGACAGACCUUCUGUGUGACUUGAUAAUCUGAACUACUUUUCAUUUAAUUAAAAUUAAUGUAAUUUGGCGAAGAAUUUUUAAUCACAAGUGGAAAAGUAUGCAUUAAAUGAACUGCAUGUAGCAUCAAAGGUUUAGGAUGAAAUGGCAAACAUGCAUGCGUCUGUCCCUGAGAAUACAGUAUCUGAAUAUUUCUCACCUUUCCAAAUGGUCAAAGUGAUAUUAUAGAGAGAUGAAUCUUAUUUAGCUAAAGUGAAAAGUUAGAGUUAAUAAGAACCACAUGAGAAUUAUCUCCAUUAUCAUUAUCAGUUAUGUUUGUGAAGAAUCUGAAAAGAAGCUCUUACACCCUCCAAAGAAAAAGAGUUAGAAUUUAAAAUAGCUGCAUUGGGAAUAAUCUAUGAACACAAAGUGUAAGAUAAAUACCAGUUUAAACAAACAAAAUCUGCAUUAAUAAUUUUCUUAUAAUCAAAGAAUCAUCACAUUAAAAUUUCAUUCUUAAUGCUCAGUGGCUCUUGCAGAUGUGAUAUAAUACCAUCCAUUCACUAUAUUUUUAUAUGAUUCAAAGCUGUAAAUGUUACUUAGAUAGAGUGUAAUGUUAAUGGUAGCAUAGUACAUGAUAGUCUGAUAAAGUUUCCAACUCCAUUCCACUCAGUAGUAUAGUAUGUAGCCAUGAUGAUAAUUUUCAGGUUAGGGUGGUUUUAUUAUCUAGUUUUAAGUGACUUUCAAUGUUCUGAAUCUGCAAAUUCUUCUCAGAGG